GCCAGGUAAGGUUCCAGUGGGAUUCUUCCUCACUCGAGAGCCCCUUUUCUCAACAGAUAAGUCAAGACUGCAAACCAAAAAAUUUUCAUAAAUAUCCUUUUCACACGAUGUGAACAAAUGUUUCUCCUUUAAUGAGUUUAUAUAUAAACUACGUUUUAAGGUAAGAUUUACCAUCAGCAAAAGCUAACAGCCGCCUAAAUUUCAUUCGUACUUGGAAAAGAGGUCUUAUUGAACAGGUUUGUGAGACCUGUCGUUUACCACUAUAUAUUUUCCAUGAAAAUUCAAUUAUUGAUUGAAUGCCUCGAGAUGAACCGACCCUUUCUUCUCUUCUUGGUCGCCAUAUGUGCGUUCCUGUCAGUUGCUGCUGAUACAGAUCAAAAUGAAGUAGCUAAAGAAACGGCUGAAGGCGAAUUGAAAGAUUCCAGGAAUAAUCUUAUUGAAGAAGAAGAAGAGGAAGAGGAAGAGGAAGAAGAGUACUUAAACGAUCCGGAGGCCAAAGAUCUGUCAGCCAACCUUCCCUUUCACCCACUGAUGCAAGAGUUCCUUGUUAGAGGUGGAAAAAAGAAAAGGGUUCCCUGCAUCAAAAAGAGAUGCCAGAAAAGGUUCUGGAGACGUGAUUGCAACAAGAAAAAUUUCCUACCUGGAUCUAGAUGCGCGAAGAUUGGCAAACGGUGUUGUGCUACCUGCAAGGCCAGGCAAUUGUGUAUUGACGUGGGCGGGUUUUGUUCACUUACAUGCCCAGACGGAUUUAAGACUCAUUAUGAUCAAUGCCCAGGCGAGUGUGAAUGCUGUGUACCAAUCAACGGAUAGUCGAUGAUGCACUUGCUUUUCCUAAGGAGGACAGACUCUGGCGUUGACGACCAUAGAAAUUCAGGAAUAUCCCAGCUCUUGUAAUGGUUUCUAAUUUUUGCCUUGUGUCCAGCAAAAUAUAAAAAAUAAUACAAAAAAUUUAAAAGUAAAAAAAAUA